UUGUUCGGCUCCGCCUCACAAACUGUACGUGCGCGCGUAUUCCAUAUCCGGGAGCCGGAUGUGAUGUAGCUGGUCGUGGGUUUUCUGGGUCUUUUUCACACGUGGUGAGGACGAGACGAGGUCGGAGCCAUGAAGCGUCCUAAGUUAAAGAAAGCUAGUAAGCGCAUGUCAUGCAGCAAACGUUUUAAAAUCCAAAAAAAGGUCAGGGAACACAAGCGGAAAGUCAGAAAAGAAGCAAAGAAAAAAGGUAUAAAUAGGAAGCCGAAGAGAGACAUCAGCAUUCCAAAUAAUGCGCCCUUCAAGGAAGAUAUCUUGCGGGAAGCAGAGCAAAGAAAGCAAAGGAGAGAGGAGUUAAAAAAUCAACAGAAACUUGAAAGACAAAAGGAGGUUGCAAAGAAAAGAAAACUGGAAGAGAAAAAAGAGAAACCGGAUGAGAAAAAACAGAAAGUAAAGAAGAAAAAACCUGUUGUGGCAAAGCCAAAAAAGCCAGCUGUGAAGAACCCAACCAGAUCUAUGUGCGAACAAGUCAACAAGGUGAUUGAGGCAGCGGACAUAAUCUUGGAAGUAUUGGAUGCUAGAGAUCCUUUGGGCAGCCGAUGUAUGCAGGCAGAGCAGGCCGUGCUUCAGUCUCCCAAUAAGAAACUAUUACUUGUGCUCAACAAAAUAGAUUUAGUACCCAGAGACAAUCUUGAAAAGUGGCUCCAGUUUCUUAACAAUCAACUUCCAACAGUUGCCUUCAAGUGUUCUACACAAGUGCAAGAAAGAAAUUUGCCAGGUGUUGGAAAAAAGAGGGGUCCUAACUGCAUUGACAUAUCUAAAGGCACUUUGUCCUAUGGUGCGGCUUCUCUACUAAAAAUUCUUCGCAGUUUGUGCUCUCCGCAAACUGAAACUAUUAAAGUCGGCCUAAUAGGAUUUUCAAAUGCAGGGAAGAGCAGUUUAAUUAACACAUUGAAGCAAUACAGAGUCUGCAAUGUGGGUGCAGUAAGAGGAACAACAAGGAUAAUGCAAGAUGUGAACAUUGAUGGGCGAAUCAAGAUUAUUGACAGUCCUGGCUUAGUCGUAUCUCCUGAUAACCCACCUGCGACUCUCUUAAUGAGAAGUGCUUUUCUAAGUGAUGAAGAAAAUCAUAUGGACGGUGUCACUAAGAUUCUAAAGCAUUGUGAUAAACAGCAGAUUAUGUUGCGGUACAAUGUUCCAGACUACAGAAAUCCUCUGGAAUUUUUAGAUCUGCUUGCUCAUAAAAGAGGAUUAUUGAAGAAAAAAGGUUUGGCCGACCUGGAGGCAGCAGCAAAAUUCUUCUUAAAUGAUUGGAUGGGAGCCAAACUUUGCUAUUAUACUCAGCCGCCUGCAUCAUUCACCUCUCACAUUGAUGACAAGCUGACCUCUGCAAUGAAGAAAGCUGUUAACUGUAAAAUUAUCGAAGAGGAAAAUAGAAGGAAUAUUAAAGCUGUUAGAAACCCAACUCCCUCCAGCAGUAUCUCUUUUCAUUAUUCUCAAAUAACCAAUGGAAUCCUUGAUGUAAAUGAAAUCAAAGUGGAGGAUCAAGUGCUCUCUGACCAGGAGGAGGAGGAGGAGAUGGAAGAGGAGGAAGAUGUCAACAAAGAUGAAAAGAAUGAGAUGCCAGAUGCAGAAGAAGAAAAGUCAGAAUCGAAGGAGAAAACGGUGAAGUCGGUCAGCUUUGAUAAACCAGCUGAAGCAGAGAAUGAUGAUUAUGACUUUAAUGCCGAUUUUAACUAAAACGCCAAUGGUCGCUCGGACAAUAGUCACUGUAUAUAGAAUGACGUUUUAUGUGGAUUCUGUGAAUCUCUAUUCAUUAUGUACGUUUGUUUUUGCAAGUGUGGUAUGUGGAGAAUAUCACUUGUGUAAUAAAUAUUCUGAA